CCCCAAGCGGCUGGAGGAAAAGAAAAAGGAGAGGAGAAAAAAUCUCAGGGCUACUAAAUUCUCUCCCGCCCCGCGCAGGGCUCGCGCUUUCUCUCUCUCGGGCCGUCUGGCUAACAUGGCCACGCACGUUUUUCUCACGGGACCCCCAGGAAUUGGAAAAACAACAUUGAUUCGGAAAGCUGCUGAAAUUUUGAAAGCAUCUGGUAUCCCCAUUGAUGGAUUUUACACAGAGGAAGUGAGAGAAAGUGGCCGGAGAACAGGGUUUGAUGUUGUCACUCUGAAUGGAAGAAGAGGAAUUUUAUCUAGAAUUGGCUCUGGUCAUUCAGCAGCAAGGCAUGAAUAUCGUGUUGGCCAAUAUGUUGUAGAUCUAGCUUCAUUUGAACAGUUGGCUCUUCCUUUGUUGAGAAACACUGAUUUUGACAGCAGCUCAGUGAAAAAGGUAUGCAUAAUUGAUGAGAUUGGUAAAAUGGAGCUCUUCAGCCAGACAUUUAUUCAAGCUGUCCAACAAAUUUUGAAUGAAUCCGGGACUGUGAUACUUGGAACAAUCCCAGUGCCUAAAGGAAAGCCUUUGAGACUUGUGGAAGAGAUCAGAAAUAGAAAAGAAGUGAAAGUCUUCAAUAUUACGAGAGAGAAUCGAGAUGACAUUUUGCAAGAAGUUGUGACAGCUGUGCAGAACUGCCUAAAAUGAGAUGUUUGUCUUCCCAUCCCACCUUCUGCUGCUUACAGUUUGACGUUAUUUUCAUUAAUAUCUACAGCUUCAUUAACUUGGAAUAGGCUGGUGUAGGUGUUCUUGUUUUCACAUGUGUUUUCAGAGGUUGAUUUCUGAAUCAGAAUUAAUUUGUUCAGAAAAAUAAACGCACAAUACACAAACAAAGCUACACAUUCACCAACAUAAUGAUUGGCUUCAUCAUAAUACUGAGAAUCCAGUCUUUAAAUUGACACCUUAUUUUAAUUGAUGUUAAUAUUGAACAUGUUUGAACAAUAUGCUGUGGUUCAGUCUAUCUCUGAUCAGAUACUUUUUCACUUAUAGCAUUACAUUGUAGAAGGAGGGCUUUCCCAUGAUGUAAAGACUUGCCAGACUCUUAACAGCCAUUCUUCCACUCUCUUUGACUCACCCAGGGUCUUAUGCAGUAUAUAUUCAUUAUGCAUGGAACAUUUUUCAGGAACACCAUAAGUUAAAAAAAGGGUAGGCAUGGAAAACUAGAAAAAGGGGGAUUUUUCAAAUGCCAGUGAAUUUUCUUUAAUUUACAAAACUCUGAGUUCUUUUAGAAAUUUGUCAAGGGCAUAGCUAAAGCAUUUUGAUUACUGGUUAUUAGCUUUUACGUAGUUUAAAAAACACUUUUCACUGGCGUUUAGGGAUCUCAGGAAUCAAACAUGUUAGAGAGUUUUAUUUGCCUCUGAAAAAAAAGUUAAAAUGACUGGAAGACUAGAAACAGGAGGCUCACAUGUAUCUAUGUAGUGCUAUUGUUAGAUUAUGAUAUAUAAAUAUAUGUAUGUAUACGUAUGUAUAUAUAUGUGUAUAUACAUACAUACAUAUAUAUAUACAUACAUGCAUACAUACAUAUAUACAUACAUACAUACAUAUACCAGGGGUGGGUUCUACUUACCUUUACUACCGGUUCGCAACGGGAUCGCUCGCGCACGCGCCUUCUGUGCAUGCACAGAUCACUUCUGAUGAUGUCAGGGUCAGUGGCGGAGCCUCCCGCCAGUUUUGCUACCGGUUCUAUAGAACCGGUCUGAACCGGGGGCAACCCACCACUCAUGUAGACACACACACACAUGCAUUUGUUGAUGAAAUAUAUAGACACACACACACACACACACACACAAUGUUGGUUCCUUUAUCCCUUCAUUUGUUUGUUCGUUCAUUCAGCUCUUAACUUCUAAACAUUUAUCAAAUAUUUGCUAGCUAUUUAUUUCUACGUGGAAUGCAUUUCUCUUGUUAAUAAAUUAUUAUUAAUUAUUAAUAAAUAAUUAAUAAUUAUUUAUAAAAAAAAUUCACCUUGACAUUUGAUGCACCAAGUUAAAUUGUUGUUGUGCUCAUUAGCAUGUAACAUUUUUAAAUUUUUCAUUUGUACCUUUUUCUGUUAAUAAAGGAGCUGUAAAUUACUGUGACACAACAUGCAUCCCACAAGACCUCUGAAUGGUGUUCAGGCAAAUUGUUUACCAUUUAAUCAGUUUAGCAUAUCAUGAAAGCUAAAUUCCCAGCCAGGUGCACAUGUUUUCAUACGCUGCAAUGUUUUUUUUGGCGCCAGCAAAAAAUGUAAAGAUACUCAGCCGCUUUCCUUUUGGAAUGUGAAAUGUAACAUAUGUUCAAUUAAAGCAUUCCUUAGUCAAAGGAAUGUAGAAUCACA